AUGAAGAUCUCCGCCUUCAUCGCCUCCGCCAUCCUUGCAGCCUUGCCAGUUCCUGCCCCCGUCGCUCCACCCGCUGCUGAGAACACGAGAAAGCCCGUUUGGGGGCGUGAUGCUGAUGCUGAUGCUGACGCCUGGAGGCACCGCCCAGGGCCCGUGUGGGAUCGCGCUGCUGAAGCCGCUCCCGUCGCUCCACCCGCUGCUGAGAACACGAGAAAGCCCGUUUGGGGACGCAACGCUGAAGCAGCACCCGCUCCUAGCCCACAGAAGCAUAAGCCCGUCUGGGGACGCGCUCCCGAAGCUGGGAAGUGGGUGAAGCCCGGAACGAAGCCCGUUUGGGGACGCGAUGCUGAAGCUGCUCCCGCUCCUGGCCCACCGAAGUGGGUGUAUCCCGGAACGAAGCCCGUUUGGGGUCGCAACGCUGAAGCAGCACCCGCUCCUGGCCCACCGAAGUGGGUGUAUCCCGGAACGAAGCCCGUUUGGGGACGCAACGCUGAAGCUGCUCCCGCUCCUAACCCACAGAAGCAUAAGCCCGUCUGGGGACGCGCUCCUGAAGCUGGGAAGUGGGUGAAGCCCGGAACAAAGCCCGUUUGGGGACGCGAUGCUGAAGCUGCUCCCGCUCCUGACGCAGGGAGAAAGCCAGUUUGGGGGCGCGACGCUGAAGCUGCUCCCGCUCCUGACGCAGGGAGAAGGCCAGUUUGGGGGCGCAACGCUGAAGCUGCUCCCGCUCCUAACCCACAGGGUGGGCCCCUUUGGGACACCAAAGUUGGCGCGGCCGAAGACGAUGAGGAGUAA